AUGUCGGACAACACUUCAGAAAAUUUCGAGCUCUACCGCUACACCCCAUCACUCGUCGGAGCAGUCAUCUUCGCCGCGUUGUUCUUUAUCUCAUCGGGGUAUCAUGUAAUCCAAUUGACCAGGGCUAGGACAUGGUACUUUAUACCAUUGGUAAUCGGCGCUCUCAUGGAAGCAGUCCUAGCACCCUAUCUGGUCCAAGCCCUCCUCCUACUGGUCGCGCCAGCACUUUAUGCCGCAUCAAUCUAUAUGAUUCUUGGCCGACUGAUCACGAGCAUCGAGGCAGAGCGCCAUUCCUUGAUUCGUACGACCUGGUUGACGAAGAUAUUCGUCGCCGGGGACGUGCUCAGCUUCCUCAUGCAAUCCACUGGGGGCGGAAUGAUGGCAAAGGGGGACGACUCAGUAAAGAUGGGGGAACACAUCGUCCUGGGCGGUCUAUUUGUCCAAAUCCUCUUCUUCAGCCUCUUCAUGAUCGCCACUGUCGUGUUCCACCUGCGCAUCCGGAAGGACCCGACGCAGGCUUCGCAAAUGGGCACGGCGUGGAGGACGCUCUUGAUGGCACUCUAUAUUGCUAGUUUGUCCAUUCUGGUUAGGUCGCUCUUCAGGAUCGUCGAGUAUAUCCAAGGAAGGGAGGGAUAUUUGAUGAGCAACGAGGUGUGGCUGUACAUUUUCGAUGCGGUGCUUAUGCUCUCUGUCACUGUGCUAUUCAAUGUUGUGCAUCCGAGCGUUGCGGUUCCCGGGAGGAGGAGGAAGGUUACCGAGCAUGGGUACGCCAUGAGGAGCGGGGACUUGAGUUAG